AGACUUUCUCAACUUGGCCGUUGCAUUUCCAAUAUUCAACUCCCUGCUGUUCUAAAAAGUCUUGUCAACACGCUGUCAAAAAGGAGACAGCACGACGUCGUUCUGAAAUCUCCGAUUUUCCGGCGUAAAUUCCUUAGCUUCCGGCAUCUGAUGGUGAUCGCCGACGAGAAGGACGGUAAAGUUUGGGGACUGUUCAAGCUCCCUUUUCGAAACGCACAGUCAACUACGACUUCGCGUUCUUCUUCGCAUAAUACUCUUCAUUACCGCAGUCAACAGCAUCAAUCUCUCGGAAAUACUUCUCUGGAUGAUGGAUCGGUUCCUCGUAGCAACAGUUCCAGCUCCGUUUCUUCAGUAGCCAGGUCUUUGCUUCCUGCACGCCGUCGGUUGAAACUUGAUCCUUCCAAUAAGCUCUAUUUUCCUUAUGAACCUGGUAAGCAAGUUCGAAGUGCUAUCAAGAUAAAAAACUCUAGCAAGUCUCACGUAGCUUUCAAGUUCCAAACAACUGUACCCAAAAGCUGUUUCAUGCGUCCUCCCGGAGCAAUUCUCUCCCCUGGUGAGAGCAUCAUUGCAACUGUAUUCAAAUUUGUAGAGCAUCCGGAAAAUAAUGAAAAACCAAUGGACCAGAAAAGCAAAGCAAAGUUCAAGAUCAUGAGCCUCAAGGUGAAAGGACCGAUGGACUAUGUACCUGAGCUGUUUGAUGAGCAAAAGGACCAAGUAGCUAUAGAGCAAAUUCUGCGAGUUAUCUUUCUCGAUGUGGAACGUCCUAGCCCAACUUUGGAAAAAUUGAAGCGCCAGCUGGCGGAGGCAGACGCUGCUCUUGAGGAACGCAAGAAGCCUGCGGAAGAUACAGGUCCAAAGAUUAUUGGUGAAGGGCUCGUCAUAGAUGAAUGGAAGGAAAGAAGAGAGAGAUACCUAGCUCGGCAGCAAGUUGAAGGCGUCGUAGAUUCUGUAUAAUUUACAGGUCUUGUUUCGAGAUCUUUAGCUUUGGUUGGAAAAGAUACCAGUCUGAUUGUUGUGUUUAAUUGGUUGUUGUAAGAGAUAUUAUGUUACUGGUGUGUGAUACUAAACACAUUAGUAUAACAUUCACAGGAGAGAGUUUCAAUGUCCAAUCACAGUGACUUGGCGUAGCCACAAAGCUGUAUAUAGAUGUCAUUCCUUUAAGUAAUGAGAAGAUUUUCGGUUUAAAGGA